AUUUAGGCGUUUUAGCUUACCGUCGGAUUUUUACCAUCUCUGAUUUUUUACUCAUAUUUGCAGCAAAUUAAAAAUUUUAUUGCUUUAAUAGAUGUAAGUUUUUAGAAAUUAUAUUGAAGUGGUCAAAAUAUCUACCUACCCACCCACCUUCGUGUGAUUUCUUUCCUUUUAAGGCCAAGCUAACAUGGAUUUAGUCGAUCUGUGUAGAAUUACUGGAUUGUCAGAAAAAUUUCGUAUUGCUAUCAAUAACAUCAUUCGAGAUUUCUGUACUAAUGAAGAUGUUUCUGAAUUUAUAUUUCCCUCGACACUAUCAAAUGAACAGCGUAAAUAUGUACAUGAAAAAUGCAAGCGGAUGGGAUUGUUAACUAAGUCACUCGGUAGGGAACCGAAUCGCAAACUACACAUGUCGAAACAAACAAAAUUGUAUUGCAAGACGUUUUACUUAUUUCAUCAUGAAAAUUCAUAUCAGAGCUGCACUUCUUAUUUGAAACAGUAUAGAGAAGCUUUUCAUCAGAUAAGCAAUGAAGAAGCCAGCUCAUUUUCUAAUAAUAAACUGUUGGGUAGGUUAAAUUCUGGAGGUACAGUUACUGUCAAUGAGCCUGUAUCAAGUAAGUUUGACAGUUUUCGAAAAAACCUACCCAUUUGGGCCAAAAAGGAAGAAUUUCUUAAUUUAAUGCAUUCUAAUCAAGUAGUUAUUAUUACUUCAGAGACCGGAUCUGGAAAAAGUACACAAAUUCCUCAGUUUAUUUUAGAAGACCUCUGUACAAAGCAGACACCGGGCAAGAUAAUAUGUACACAACCACGUCGAAUAUCAACAGUUGCCGUUGCAGAACGGGUAUCUGAGGAACGAGGUGAAACUUUGGGUGGGACCAUUGGUUAUCAAAUCAAAUUAAAAUACGUGUGUAGUCCUCAAUCUGCGUUAAUUUAUUGUACGAAUGGAAUCCUGUUAAAAACACUUAUGAGUAAUAAGAACCAAGAGUAUUUGAUGAAUAUUAGUCAUAUUAUAGUCGAUGAGAUACAUGAACGAGACAAGUACACAGAUUUUCUUUUAAUAGCCCUUAAGCAAAACUUGGAUCAUUAUCCUCAUUUGAAGAUUAUUUUAAUGUCCGCAACGGCUGAUGUAGAUUUGUUUGCUUCUUAUUUUAACGAUGCUAAAACUUUACAUGUCCCAGGUAGAAAUCAUUCCAUUACUCAACUGUUUUUGGAGGAUAUUUUAAGUCGUAUCAAUCAAAAUAACUCCCAAGGCACAACUUCACAUUUUAUUGUCCCUACCACUACACCGUCGACUACACAUGAUUUGAUGUACGAAUUUGAUCUGAUGAAUGAGGUUGUUUCUAAUUGUAUGGAAACGGGCGACGAUAGUUAUUUUGAACAGUUACUACAUUUAAUCCUCUCUGAAAACAGCAAUGUCAACCAUCAAACCAGUAAAGGUUACACACCACUCAUGGCCGCUGCUGCGCACGGCAGAUUGGAUAUUGUAGAACCACUACUCAAUUUAGGUGGGAAUGUCGCUUUAAAAUCGUACUGGGAAGGAUUCACGGCGGCUAAUUGGGCAUGGCACUAUGCAAAAUUUGAGGUACAUCAUAUGCUUCAAGCAUACGAAUCGAUGUUAUCAGAAAAUGAUGUUUGUGAUGAUGAUCAAAGUGCAGCUCUUCUAGAAAUGUACGAUCGCUCUACAUCAGAUGAUGUAAUUGAUUUUAACUUAAUUGUAAAAAUUAUUGAAUACAUUCAUCUUAACGAUAAUCGUGGUACCAUUUUAAUUUUUUUGCCUGGAUACGAAGACAUCAUAAUGUGUCAAGAUGCUAUUUUAUUCUCAAAAUUAUUAAACGUAGACGAGUUUGAAUUAUUUUUACUUCACGGCAGUAUGAAUAUUAACAUGCAACAAGGAGUUUUUAAAACCAUUCGACACAAGCAUAAAGUUAUUCUAUCGACGAAUGUUGCCGAAACCAGCCUUACGAUAAGUGAUGUUGUAUACGUUAUUGAUACAGGACGAGCUAAAGAGAAGUCGUAUGAUUCGAUUAGUGGAACUUGCAGUUUGCAAAAAAUUUGGAUCUCCAAGGCUAACGUGAAACAAAGGGCUGGCAGAGCAGGUCGAACGUGUCCAGGGAUAUGUUUCCACAUGUUUUCCAAGAGACGAUAUUUUUCCCUGCUUGACAAUCAGAUUCCAGAAAUGCUUAGGGUUCCUCUUCAUGAAGUUUGUCUGCAAACCAAAUAUUUGGCACCAAGUGGUGUAAGCAUCGCACAGUAUUUGAAACUAGCAAUAGAACCUCCUUCUCCAAUGUCUGUGGAGAUGUCAAUUCAGAAUUUGAAAACGUUAAAUGCCCUGGACAAGAAUGAAGAAUUAACUGUUUUAGGACAACAUUUGAUUCAAUUAUCUAUAGAUCCGAAGCUAGGAAAGAUGUUAAUCUACGCCAUUGUGUUUAGAUGUCUGGAUCCUGUUCUAACAAUCGUUUCAUGUUUAGCAUACAGGGAUCCAUUUGUCAUACCACUACAAUCAAACUUAAAGCAGCUUUCAAUUAAAAAACAAAAAGAGCUAGGAGGAGAUUAUUUAAGUGAUCACUUGAUACUGUUGCGCGUUUUUCAGCUUUGGCAGGAAGCUAGAUCAAGUCAGAACAAAAAAGAAGUAACGGAAGAGUAUUUUAUCAGUUGGUCUGCGAUGGAAAUAAUCUAUGCCACCCGAUCUCAGCUAUUAUCUCACUUAAGAGGAAUGGGGUUUAUUAGCAUGAACAAGCCGUUUACUCUCCAUGAUCUGAAUAUUAAUUCAAACAACUGGCCGAUGGUGAAGGGCGCAUUAGCCGCAGGAAGUUAUCCAAACAUUGCGUUCAAUGUAAAUCGUCAUUAUGCGACUAAGAACGAAAAAAAAGUCGUUUUUAACAAAUGCUCAAUUUUGAGCAACUUACACCCUCAUACAAAUAGAGGCACGGAUUAUUGCAUAAUAUAUGAAGAAUUGUCCAAAACUGGUCAGCAUUGUAGUAUUAGAUAUGGAACUGUUAUUACUCCAAUUACUGUAGCUCUAAUGUGCGGAAAAGAAGAGAUCAAAGAAGACAAUAGUUUGGUUAUAGAUGAUUGGUUGAAUUUCCAACAAAGUAAUGAGAUAUUAACCGAAUACCGUUUGGCAUUACAUGAAAUCAUUAAUAAAAAGAUCUCCUGUCCAGAGUACACAUUUAAUGAUGUAGAAAACAGUAUCUUAAAAAUAGUUUCCAAAAUGCUGUCUGAUGAAGAAAAAAUGUGUCAACUAGCGCAACCCAAUGAUAUAGGUGUCAUUCCUAAAUGUUUUCCAGUCUUUUCUAAAACAUUUAUGCACAACCAUCACAAGAGAACAAAUCAUACGCACAAUAUAUCGAAUGUGGUUUUAAGUCGCUUAAAUAUUACGGCACCCUCGGCAAGUAGAUCAAGAAGUGUUCAAUCAGCUCCCGAAAAUGUUAGUGGUAAUAACUGGAAUUACAAAAUUAAUGAAAAAUCGCAAAUUGUUGUCGAAAGUAAAUCGGACAAGUUACUUAAAGCCUUAAUACCAACAAAUAGUUACAUAAAUGGCCGCAAGGUCACGCAAGAUAUCUUACCAUUGCAUAGCCUAGAGCUUCCAGCUAACACUGUAUUUUUCAUAGUGAAACCUCCUAACUAUGAAUGCUUGCAGAAGGGCAUUUCGUCAAGUUCCUGGAUAUUUGCACCUCAAUCGGAACGGAAAAUUUUUAAAUGUUUUGUUCAAGGGUUUUAUAUCAUUUUAUUUUUUAAUAUACUCAAAACAACCGAGUUUCAAGGUUUUGCUCGAUUACUGAGCACAAAUGGUGGUGAUACUACCCGUCCUUGUUCAAUUCAAUGGUUAAGUACUACUAUCGUAUCUUUUGAUAUUAUAAGUCAAAGGAACUUGAGAAAUCCUUACAAUAACAACUAUCUUCUUUUUAAAUGUAGAGACGGACAAAGUGUCGAGUUGAAUGUGGGCAAACAGUUAUGCACAUUAUUUUUAGAAGAAAUAUCCAUGUGUGAAAAAGUUAGCCGUCGACCAAUCUUAGGGUCGAUUAGAAACUAUUAACAUUCUUUAAUAGCUUCCUUUCAACUACAUAGCAUAGUUUUCUCAUUUGUGGACGUUUAUGGUCUAAAGACUGAAAAAGGAAGCUAUGGUGUAAGUACCUGAUGUGAAUAUUUCAAGUAGGCGAUAUAGAUAUAUUUUUAUAAAAGAUCUUAACAUUAUUUAUUCUAGUUAGUUCAUGUUUAUUUUAGCUUUUUAUUAUAAGUUUUAAAAAUUUUAUGAUAAAGGUUUUAAAACAAUCCAUUAGCAGUUGCAACGUGUAGGAUCCUGUCAUAUCAGUUUUAAAUUUUUAUUUCUAACAAAUUUGAAUUGAAUUUUGAUUACAGAUAGACAUGUAACAUUGAACCCAAUUUCUGUUUUAUUUUUGCUAGUCUUGUUCACCUUAUGUUGUUUAAUAUUUAUUCUAUUUAUAGGUUACAUGUUUGUGAUAAAUAUUCUAAUAAAUGUUUUAAGUAUUA